CGCUUUAAAAGCUCGCCUCUUAAGCGUAACAGGAUUUUUAACUUUAGUUGAAAAUGGUGAAGGUUGGUAUUAACGGCUUUGGAAGAAUUGGUCGUUUAGUCCUACGAGCGGCCUUGCAGAGUGAGGACGUAGAAGUUGUGGCCAUUAACGAUCCUUUCAUUCCUCUUGACUACAUGAAGUAUAUGCUAACUUACGACUCUACACAUGGCAGAUUUAAAGGCUGUAUUGAAAUUAAAGAUGAUAAGUUGUGCGUUAACGGAAAAAACAUUUGUGUUUUUAACGAAAAAGACCCUGCUAACAUUAAAUGGAGUUUCGUGGGAGCGGAGUAUAUUGUCGAGUCGACUGGUGUAUUUACUACUGUUGAUAAAGCAAGUGCACACUUAAAGGGAGGUGCCAAAAGAGUUAUUAUCUCCGCACCUUCGGCCGAUGCUCCCACUUUUGUUGUUGGCGUUAACGAAAAAAGCUAUAAAAAUUCAAUGAAGAUUGUUUCUAAUGCCUCUUGUACAACCAAUUGUUUAGCUCCUUUAGCUAAAGUCAUACAUGAGAAUUUUGGGAUAACUUCCGGGUUGAUGACGACCAUACACUCCUACACGGCAACCCAAAAGACGGUGGAUGGCCCCUCGAGUAAAGCUUGGAGAGACGGAAGAGGCGCGGCUCAAAACAUUAUUCCUGCUUCAACGGGCGCCGCAAAAGCUGUAGGAAAAGUUCUCCCUGAGUUGAACGGGAAAUUAACUGGUAUGGCCUUCCGUGUUCCAACACCAGAUGUUUCCGUCGUUGACUUGACUUGCAACUUAAGUAAGUCCACUACUCUUGACGAAAUCAAGUCGGUGUUGAAAAAGGCCGCAGAAGGCCCUCUCAAAGGGAUUUUGGGCUACACAGAAGACGCGGUCGUUUCUCAAGAUUUUGUUACCUGCGAUUUCUCCUCUGUUUUUGACGCUGGUGCCUCUAUAGCUUUGACACAAAACUUCGUUAAGUUAAUCUCUUGGUACGACAACGAGUGGGGUUACUCUAAGAGAGUGGUUGACCUUAUGAGACACAUGUCUAAACAAGAAUAA